AAGUCCCGCCUCUCCCGCCGGAAGUGGACCGGGCAGCGCCAUGGGCGGUGCGGCGCGGCCGCUGGCGCUGACGCUGGCGUUGUUGAAGCCCGACGCGCUCGCGCACCCCCUCGUCGCCCAGGCCGUGCACGAGACGAUCCUGGGGCACCGCUUCCUCAUCGUGCGCAGCAAGGAGCUGCGGUGGCGGCGCGCGGACAGCCAGCGCUUCUACCAGCAGCACGCCGGGCAGUUCUUCUACCAGAGGCUGGUGGAGUUCAUGGCCAGCGGCCCCAUGCGCGCCUAUAUCCUGGCCCACGAGGACGCCGUCGUGCGCUGGAGGUGUCUGAUGGGACCCACCAGAGUGUCCCGAGCCCGCAACACGGCGCCGGACUCCAUCCGGGGAGCCUACGGCCUCACGGACACGCGCAACGCCACGCACGGCUCAGACUCGGCAGCGUCGGCCAGCAAGGAAAUCGCCUUCUUCUUCCCCGAGUUUGACGAGAGGCGCUGGUACCAGGAAGAUGAGCCACGCUUGCGCUGCGGCCAGGCACGCUACAGCGUAGAGGAGCGCGUUCACCAGGUGCCCGAGGACGAGGGGACGGAGUCGGCCUAGGGUGGAGCUGACCCCUUGGGCACUGCCUGUGUUGGCACUGGCCAGGGUGUCUGCCACACAGGAGGGACGUGGAGCAGCACCGUGCCUGGAGCAGGGCACAGGGAUCAGGCCCGGUUCACGUGGCAUGCUUUGGGGCAGGUCUGGAUGCAGGUGCAGCCCCUGGAUGCCACUGGUGCUUCAGGAAGACCAGAGCUGCUCCCAGCAGGACGAGGCGUGCUCCUGUGAGCUGCCGGCCAAGGGGCAGGUCAGCACCAGCUCCAGGCAUGGCGGGUGGAGGCUGUUUGGCAGUUCUGAUGUUUAGUCACCUUCGCUGCUAGGAAACUACAUCUGUUGUGUCCACCUUCAGCUCCCAGCUCCAGACUUGUCUGGCCACGGCGCUGCCCUGAGCGCUCGCCGGAGGCUGUGAACUGCGGGGGCCCUGAAGUCCUCCCUCAGCUGCUGCUUCCCACUGCCAUCUGCCCCCUCUCGGUGCAGCUGGGUCCUUUGUUUCCAGGUGCUUUGCUUUGCAUUUGGCUGUAUCGAGCUGCGUUUUGUUGGACUGCUGAUGAAUCAGACCAUUCCGAUCCCUCUAGCAAUAAGCCGUCUUUCUCAUUUA